GUUUUUAGUUUUCAUUGGAUCAGAUAGCAUUCAAAGAAAGCAUCCCACAAUUCAACAGAAGGGUUUUGGUGAUCUGCUAAGUUCUUGAGUUUCUCAGAGAUGGAUACUGUGCGUUUUGUAUUUGGUAUUUUUGGAAACGCCACUGCUCUUUUCCUCUUCUUGGCUCCGACGAUCACAUUCAAGAGGAUCAUGCAGAAUAAGUCUACAGAGCAAUUCUCAGGCAUUCCUUACGUAAUGGCUUUGCUCAACUGUCUCUUUGCCGCCUGGUAUGGUCUUCCGUUCAUAUCGAAAAAUAACAUUUUGGUAGCAACGAUAAACGGGACGGGAACAGUGAUAGAAGCAAUUUAUAUAUUGUUGUUUCUCAUAUUUGCUCCGAAGAAGGAGAAGGCUAAGAUAUUUGGGCUUCUAGUGCUUGUGCUAGCUGUAUUUGCUGCUCUAGCCUCAAUAUCAUUAUUUGUUCUUGACGGCAGCCCAAGAAAACUACUUUGUGGCCUUGCUCUUACCAUUUUCUCCACUGCUAUGUAUGCCGCUCCUCUAUCUGUUAUGAGGAUGGUGAUUAAAACGAAGAGUGUGGAGUUCAUGCCUUUCUUCUUAUCACUCUUUGUCUUCCUUUGCGGCACCUCAUGGUUCGUGUAUGGUCUUCUUGGUCAUGAUCCUUUUGUCGCUAUACCGAAUGGUCUUGGAUGUGCAUUGGGGAUAAUGCAGUUGAUCUUAUACUUCAUUUACCACAAGAACAAGAACAGUCAACCUCUGCAAAAACCAUCUGUGGAGAUGGCCACUACCGACUCCCAUCAACACAAGCAAUUCGAUAUGUCUGUUUAG